UCUGUCUCACUCGUCACCCUCGGAGGCUAACAGGCUACCUCAGGCAUCCUCCGGUUACAUUAGCUCGCUAGCGCGGAUGUCCGUCGGUGAUCAUGCUAAUCACCGCCGGCUAAGUUAGCUUGUAGCAGCUAGCUAGGUUAGCGUGUCCGGGACAUAUCGCCAAGAGUCCCCUCUGCUCUCUCUGAGACUAAGCGUCCCCCACUUCGCUGUUGUCUCAAUGGAGCCCCAGAACAGCCGAUGAAGCCGGGGGACAUGGCUGCCUUGGACGUGGACGGCGGUCAGGGCGACCUCCUGCUGCAGGAGGAGGGCGGGGGCAGCCAGGACUGUCAGCCAUCGCCCCUCGACCUGCUCGCGACCACCUGCACUGAGGUCGGCUCGCCGUCGUCAGAGGUGGACAGAGGUGCUGCCGCCGGUGUGACAUCUGAUUCUUCUGCUCAGCAUACUGGGACUGAUAAAUGGGAGGUGUUAACACCCACAUCAGCAGCAAAGGAUGAAUCUGGAAUCAUACAAAUCCAAAGUCAAGGAAUAUUAACAUCAAACGGACAGUAUGUUCUUCCUCUCCAAAACUUACAAAGUCAGCCAAUAUAUGUGACGUCGGGAACGGCCACCUCCAAUGCCAAUGCAGUGCCUAACAUUCAGUACCAAGUAAUUCCUCAGUUUCAGACUGCAGACGGACAACUGAGUUUCUCCACGUCCAGCUUGGAAGGAGCGACUCUGACUCAGGAUGCCACUGGGCAGAUUCAGAUCCUGCAAGAUGGUAGUCAGAGUCUCAAUGUUACAUCAAAUGCAAACAUCCUAAAUAACAACCAGAACCUCAUAUCACAGACUGGUAAUAUCCAGCAGAUCCAGGGGGUUUCUAUUGGGAGCUCCACCUUCAACAACCAGGGUCAGGUUGUUACCAAUGUGCCUGUGGGUUUGCCCGGGAAUAUUACUUUUGUUCCUAUUAACAGUGUGGACUUGGACUCCCUGGGCCUGUCUGGAGCUCAGACUAUAGCAACAGGGGUCACUGCUGAUGGCCAGCUAAUUAUGGCAAGUCAGCCUGUGGAUGGCUCAGAGAGUCAGUUGAAGGCAGAUGUUCACCUCUCACAGACGAUAGCAGUCAAUGACUCGAAUGCGAAUCCUGACAUUUACGUGCCAACGUCUUCCUCUGAGCUCCACGUUCCAGCAAAUGAAUCAGAUCUGCUGACACAAGACUCGUCAUUGUCAUCUGUGGCUACAGAACAAGCCGACCCAGGUUCUGGUCUCCAAGAAGGCUUCAUCCAACAAAAUCAGGAGCACGGCAUUCAGGUGUCCUCAGCCCAGCCCAUCAUCCAGCUGCAGCAGGUGCCUGUCCAGACCACCAACGGUCAGAUGAUGCAGUCUGUUGCGACAGGCGGGCAGAGCCUGCAAAACGUCCAGCUCAUCAACCCGGGAACCUUCAUCAUCCAAGCCCAGACCGUCACGCCGUCGGGUCAGAUACAAUGGCAGACCUUUCAGGUGCAGGGAGUGCAGAACCUGCAGAACCUCCAGCUGCCAACCACACCACCCCAGCAGAUAACCCUGGCUCCAGUCCAGACCCUGUCUCUGGGUUCCAGUCCGGUCAGCAUCAGCACAGGACAGAUCCCCAACCUGCAGACAGUGACGGUCAACUCUGUGGCCCAACAGGAAGGUGACACAGAAACCCUCGGAGACAUUCACAUAAAGGAGGAGCCAGACUCUGGAGACUGGCAGCUGAGCACCGACUCCACCCUGAACACAAGCGACCUGUCCCACCUCCGCGUCAGGCUGGUGGACGAGGACGAUCAGUUCGGUCAGGAGGGCAAGCGGCUGCGCAGGGUGGCGUGUACAUGCCCCAACUGUAAAGAGUCAGGUGGGAGAGGGUCUAGCACGGGGAAAAAGAAGCAGCACAUCUGCCACAUCGCAGGCUGUGGGAAAGUGUAUGGAAAGACGUCGCACCUGCGAGCACACCUGCGCUGGCAUUCAGGGGAGAGACCUUUUGUCUGCAGCUGGAUGUUCUGUGGGAAGAGGUUCACACGCAGCGACGAGCUGCAGAGACACAGGAGAACACACACAGGAGAGAAGAAGUUUGUCUGCCCCGAAUGUUCCAAGCGCUUCAUGCGGAGCGACCACCUGGCGAAGCACAUUAAAACUCAUCAGAACAAAAAAGGUGUGAACUCUGGCGGCUCAGUGGUGGCCUCGAUGGAAUUGGCGGGGUCCUCGGACAGUAUCAUCACCACGGCAGGCGGGACCACCCUCAUCCUCACCAACAUCCAGCAGGGCUCCAGCACCGCCCAGGAGAUCCUGGCCAAUGCGGAGAUCCCUCUCCAGCUCGUCAACACAGUAGCGGCCAGUGAAGUCAUGGAGUGAUUUACACUCCACUUAUGAACUUGUGCAAACUGUCUUGCAUACUGUAUACUCCUACCUGCAUUUUUAUUCAAGUUUUGGAGGAAAAACUAAAGUUAUGAAUAUAUAUAUAUACAUAUAUAUUUUAACAGAAAUAGUCCAUCCUCAGUUUUUACUGAGGAAAAACUAGUGUUGGAGGCUAAAAGAAGAUUAAGGUGGGAAAAAUACAUUGCAGUAAACACACACAAGGAAAUGCCUUAUUUUGUACACAAUUGUGUAGUUGCAAAUGUAGGAUGCCAACACGUUUUGAAUCUACUUCUAUUGUAAUAAUGUGUUUUUCAUGAAAAAUGAUUGGUAAGUUGAGCAAUUUUCUCCUCGCCUUUUGUUGACGGCAUAUUCUGACGAUGUCCUCGCUAAGUAAAGUAUGUUCCACAUUGCUCUCAGCAAAGACUCAAUCUCACAACAGAGAUCAUUUUAUCCAGCUGAAGUGACGUUAUUGCUUAUGUCCUUGAAAUUUUCUUAAUGUUACUUGUUUUUUGUUUUUUUCACUGUCCUCUUUGCAGUCAGUCUGCCUGCAAAUUAGCAAGCCCUCCUUCUUUUGUCUUUUUUUUUACUUUGCUCACACAGACUACACUUUGCAGGUGAAAAUGAUAAACAAUCACAUUUUUGUAUUGUAAUUCCCCUUGAACAUAAACUGUUGAUAUGAUACGUAUUAUUUGCUUAUUGAAGCAACCACUAUUUAUAUCAGGCUUUACAUAGAAAAUGCAUUUAUGAUAUUAAAAGUCAAAAUAUUUCAUAUGGUUUUCAUUAUGUUUUUGGAGGAUUUAAAAAAAGCAUUGUUAUAUGAAGAGAAAAGCCAUUUCUUUGAAGGAAAUUGCCAAAUUGGACCACAAACUCAGGGUGAUAUGAGUAAAGUGAAAAACCCCUCCAGCUUCUUGGACAACGGGGGUGUUGUGGAGAAAUGUAAUUUGAUGGACCAAAAGCAGAGGUGAAUUAAGCUGUCACCAUGUUACCUGUGCCUGUUCAAAUGUAUUUUUUUUUUUUAACAAUAAGGACAACCCCUGUUAUGGAAACAGCUUUGCAGAAUUCUUCAGCAGUAUCUCGUUCCAUCGGUUCCAUCGGUUCUGUCCUGCAGUAGAAAAGUCGGCGUAUUACUAAAAGCGGUACUCUUUUAACAGCACUGUUCUCAUCACUUUCAUCUGGUUUGUUGUUGAUCCUUUUGUAUGAAAAGACGUUUUGUAUUCUUCCCGAGAAGCAACUUUAUACCCAUUGUCAGUAAAUGUACUAUUGUUUCUGUCUUUGUUGAUUUUUUUCCAUUUACUUCUGUUGCAUGUUAUUUGUUUUCAGUUUUUUAUUUUACCCAUGACCACUUGGGUUUUCUCAGCAGUUUACACUUGAGCCAUUAAGUCAGAUAGCGCAGAUGGGAAGAUGCUGUAUUAUCACAAGACUUAUCUUCAAUCAAAUCUGUUGUAUUAUAAACUUUUCUUUCACACUUGAA